CUGAUACACCGAAUCUCCGUCUGAAUCACUCUCUCUCCACACCACGAUUCAUACACCUUCGCUCUGUUCCUCUCUGCUCGCCAUAAUCCACAACCCCCUAAACACAGACAGAUACGUACAGGAAGGGGUCAGAGAGAUACAAAUUCUCCGUCACCGCCAUUGUAGAUCAACAUGCAGAGGAUCCUCCCAAGGGCAUUAUCGGGAAGAGAUUCCCUGUUGAGCCAUCGUUCCUUGUCGAAGCUAGCGCACACCGAUACAGCUCUUUCAGAAACAGAUGUAUUCGUUCCCAAAAUGCCCCCUUUCGACUACACUCCGCCUCCCUACACCGGCCCCUCCGCCUCCGAGAUCUUGAAGAAGCGCCAACAAUACCUCAGCCCUUCUAUGAUUCACUUCUACAAGAACCCCUUGAAUUUGGUAGAUGGGAAAAUGCAGUACUUGUUUGAUGAGAAUAGGCGUCGGUACCUGGAUGCAUUUGGAGGGAUUGCCACAGUGUGUUGUGGGCACUGCCACCCUCAAGUGGUGGAAGCAAUUGUCAACCAAACAAAACGUUUGCAACAUUCCACAGUAUUGUAUCUAAAUUCUGCUGUUGCUGAUUUUGCUGAGGCACUGGCUUCUAAGCUGCCCGGUGACCUUAAGGUUGUUUUCUUCACAAAUUCUGGGACGGAAGCAAAUGAGCUGGCUUUGAUGAUUGCUCGAUUGUACACCGGUUGCCAGGAUAUUGUUUCACUUAGAAAUGGUUAUCAUGGUAAUGCAGCUGGGACUAUGGCUGCUACUGCUCAAUCCAACUACAAGUUCAAUGUUGUGCAGGCUGGAGUUCACCAUGCCCUGAACCCAGAUCAGUACAGAGGUGUUUUUGGUUCAGAUGGACUUAAAUAUGCAAAGGACGUUGAAGACCUCAUUGCCUAUGGAACUUGUGGCCGUGUUGCCGGUUUUGUUGCAGAAGCCAUUCAGGGAGUUGGUGGAAUUUUGGAAUUGGCACCAGGUUACCUGCCAGCUGUGUACAGCAGCAUCAGAAAGGCAGGAGGCCUUUGUAUAGCUGACGAGGUUCAGUCAGGUUUUGCUCGCAUGGGUAGCCAUUUUUGGGGGUUUGAGGUCCAUGGCAUUGUGCCUGAUAUCGUUACUAUGGCAAAGGGUAUUGGAAAUGGCAUUCCCCUUGGUGCAGUCAUAACCACUCCUGAGAUUGCAAAGGUCUUGACUUAUCGCAGUUAUUUCAAUACAUUUGGGGGGAAUCCUGUAUGUACCGCUGGUGGAUUAGCUGUUCUCAAAGUGAUAGAAAACGAAAAGCUUCAACAAAAUGCGUUCACUGUGGGAUCAUAUCUGAAAGAGCGUCUCAGUGCUCUCAAGGAAAAGCAUGAAAUUAUUGGGGAUGUCAGGGGAAGAGGUCUGAUGCUUGGAGUCGAACUUGUUACCAACCGUCAAUCAAAAACGCCAGCAAAAGUUGAAACUCUUCAUAUUAUGGACCACAUGAAAGCUUCAACAAAAUGCGUUCACUGUGGGAUCAUAUCUGAAAGAGCGUCUCAGUGCUCUCAAGGAANGUUGACUUAUCGCAGUUAUUUCAAUACAUUUGGGGGGAAUCCUGUAUGUACCGCUGGUGGAUUAGCUGUUCUCAAAGUGAUAGAAAACGAAAAGCUUCAGCAAAAUGCGUUCACUGUGGGAUCAUAUCUGAAAGAGCGUCUCAGUGCUCUCAAGGAAAAGCAUGAAAGUAUGUUCCCUACUGUUGAAAAUUCAGGAAUCCAGCUAGAAUCUCGUGCAAAUCCUACUACUGAUUAGGAAGACAAUGGUGCAUAAAAUGGGUUUGAGUUCACAAGACCAUGGAAAAAUAUAAACUUUUGAUGUGACUUGUAAAGUAAAAGAAAAGAGAUGAGCAGAGAAAGGGUUCUCAUAUUGUUUUCCUUUCUCUGUUUCCUUCAAUUUCUGCCGCGUUUAAAAUAUUGCUCUUUACUGAUAUCAUAUGUCC